AUGGAUCAAGACGACAAUAUCAGUACUUCAAACAGCAGUUACGGACAGAACACGACGUUAACCCUGGAUCUUGCCUCAGACUGUAUCCCAUGGCUCGUGAUAUCCAUAACUGAGUGCUUGGCCAUAGUCAUCUGCAAUUUGAUCACCGUUAUCGUGUUCGUAAAGCAGCGUCAGCUACAGCGUCGGAGCACAUACUUGAUCAUCCAUCUGGCAAUAGUCGAUCUAUUAUUCGGUGCAGUUUCCGGUCCUGUGAUUAUUAGUGAUCUAUUGGGGUCUUACUGUGAUUUAUGGAAGUACAAUACUGAAAUCUUUCCAUUAGCAAACCUUUUUCCAGUCACUUCUAUUGUUAAUCUCGCAGUCAUUUCAUUGGAAAGACUGCAUGCAACAUUCUCUCCAUUUAAGCAUCGCUUUGUCAAGAAAUGGGUUUAUGGAGUAGUAAUUGGUACUAUCUGGUUAAUGACUUCAUCGAGGGAGACUGUUCAAGUUAUCGUAUAUAAUACAGAAAGUGUCGUGUCUCCUGUCACCAUUGCAAUCUCGCCAUACACAUAUUGGUCAGUUUCUCUUUUAGUCAUCUGCAUCUGUUAUAUUUCAAUUUUUAUAAAAGUUCGACGCAGCUCUAAUCCUCAACGCCACGGUGCAAUCAACAGAGAAAGAAAACUGACAGCUACGUUACUUUGGGUUACGCUUGCAUCGUUACUGACAUGGCUGCCAUUUAUUGUAUUUAGCCUAAAUACAAACGCUCUUAACUUGAGGUCUUUCUUUCAUAUCAGGAUGACACUGGCGGCGCUAGUUGGUGCCAAUUCCUUGUUAAAUCCAAUUGUGUAUGCCCUCAGGAUGCCUGAUUUUCGAGAUGGAAUAUGUCGAAUAUUCCGUAGGACUCCAAGGCAAAUCGCUCCAGGCAGUUUACCGCGUCGAAAUCCUCUGCACACGAGUAGACUAGAUGAUGAUGCCUGA